AUGCCCAGCGCCGCGCUCUUGCUGGAGGAAGCCUUUGGCAAGCACAUGCUCGUGGGCGCCGCUGAGUGGCGCGAUGUCCCCGACGUUGUGCGCUCGUCCCUCUACGUCCUCCAAAAAGUGCUUCGACAUCUCGAUGCGCGGCUUUCGCGCUGCGAGACGGACAAGUCGGCGGCCUCUCUUCUCUCGAUGCUGCAGACGUCCAUGCGCCAGGUCGAAGCCGACUGCCACCGCGUCGUGACCGAUGCAGUCGCCGCGGCGACUGCACCGCUUCAGGCAAGCGCACUGACGGCCCACAUCGACCAGCUGCAGGCUCACGCGCGUGAGGCCGACGACUUGUACAAGCACAAGCUCCACGAGCUCGGGCGACGCGCCGCGACGCACGCCGGCAGCCUCGCCCAUUACGACAUGCUCGAAAAGCUCGAGAUGCGCUGCAAGUCGCUGGAGCGACAAUUCGCGGCCGCGUUGCAUGGGAUGCACGAGAGACCCGUCGCGCCCACGACGAGUGACGCAAAGGACGAGGCGCCGACUGACCGGAAGCAGCGGCCGUCGACCGAGCUUGGCAUGUCGUCGAUGAGCCACCGGCACGACUGCUGA